AUGUCGGGUCUGACGAAUGGCCGGUUCAAAACUUCUGGCAGCAGUCUGUUUCGUAAGGCGCGAAUGCGGAAGUCAACUGACGGGACAACCGUGCUUGGUUUCACAUUUAGCAUCAUUCAGUGGUCUCAGAUAGUGAACGAAUUCAUUGUCGAGGCAUCUCUAUGGCCGUUUGUAGUCUAG